CAUUUUAAGCAUAAAUCUAUUCUACACAAGUAUCUCAAAAUGUCGGAUAAACAUUACCAGGAUAUUGAGAAGAACUUUAAUUAAAUCUAAAAUUGCUUUUCUACACGUUACAAGACGUAUUUUUACUAAGAAGAAAUAAAUUGAAAUCCUUUGUUUUUGAAGAAAUUCAUCAGUAACCAUGCCUGUGUACAACCAACUAGGUUGCAUUUACGUUGCAGUGAUAAUGUGUGCAAUGUUAGCUGCUGCAGUUGUAACAUCAAGUGAAAAUGAGGAUGAAUAUUUAACACAAAAAGAGAUCAUACUAGAAAAGUCGUAUCAUGGGUUGAUUCGAGAAAAUGAAACACUGGUGGAAAUAACUCCAUUAAUCAAGGUGGAUGAAGAGAAAAUUUGUAACUUUCAUAUUCUUAAAAAGCCAUAUCAUGAGAUUCCAUUUGAGAUUGAAUUGGCUAACAACCUAGGCAUAUUAAAAGCACGCCGGACUUUAAAUUGCGAAAAGCGCAAGAGCUAUCACUUCGAAAUUGUUGCGGUAUACUGCGAUGGAACACCUUCAAAUACAGCCAAUGUUCAUAUUACUGUUAUUGACAUAAAUGAAUAUGCACCAACAUUUUUGGAACCGUCUUAUGUAACUGAAGUAGACGAAGGUCGACUUUAUAACGAAAUCUUAAGAGUCGAAGCUUCUGAUAAGGACUGUACUCCACUCUUUGGCGAUGUUUGCAAAUAUGAGAUACUGAACAAUGAUGAACCAUUCUCAAUAGACAACGAGGGAUCAAUUAAAAACACUGAACCCCUUUCCCACAAGGUAUCACAUAACCACAUCCUGUCCGUUGUUGCUUAUGAUUGCGCAAUGAAAGAAUCUUCCGCUAUAAUGGUUAGCAUCAAAGUGCGCCGCGUAUGUGAAACAAAAUUUUUAGGCAUGCCAGAACGCAUUGAUUAUACCUCCGGUAGCACUGAAAGUCUUCAAUUGUUUCCUAAUGCUCGUCUGGACUUGUGUGAUAUUUCUUGCAAGAAUGAAGACCUGAGUAUUCAUGCAUCCAUAGCGCUAAAGACAAAACACAUUUCAUUUGGAUGCGAUCGGGACAUAUCAAAUUGCUCUGCAAGUCAAAAAAUGAAAGACCUUUUGCCGCAUGGUGCUGAAUGGACUAAAGAGUUGAGCUAUGACGAAGGUGUGGAACCUAUAUUCCAUUUUGAUGGCUCCACUGGAGUUGUAGUCCCUGACACUGUUAUUGACCAUUACGAUUUCUCAACACGUGCUUUUACAAUCCUUACAAUGUUCCGGCAUAAUAGUCAAGGGGUGGCUAAUAAACAUGUUAAGGAGCAUAUUGUCUGCAGUGCUGACGACCACAAAAUGAACCGUCAUCAUAUGGCAUUGUUCGUUCGGAAUUGUCGUCUUAUUCUUUUAUUAAGGAAAAAUUUUAAUGAUGGUGAUCUAAAUAUCUUCAGUCCUGCUGAAUGGCGUUGGAAAAUCCCUGAGGUUUGCGACAACGAGUGGCAUCAUUAUGUUCUGAAUGUUGAAGACCCGGCAAAGGUUGAUUUAUUUAUUGACGGCGUUCGUUUUGAGAGUUCUAUUGAGGAUCGUCAUAGCAAUCCGGAGGUAAUUGACGAUUGGCCCUUACACGCAGCCCAUGGAGUUAACACCUCUUUAGCUAUUGGUGCUUGUUACCAAAGUUUGGAAAAUCGAUUGAAACAUGGUUUUAAUGGAGAUAUUUCUGAAGUAAAAGUCACUCUCAAUGGUGUUUUGACUUUUGAAGACAUUAAAUGUGGAACCACCUGUGCUGAGCACUUAUUAUCACCUAAGUUACUGCAAAUAAAAAAUAAAAAUUCCGACUCUGUAAACGCCCAGAUCCAAGCAAACCUUCAAAUGAACGAAAUCUAUAUCGAUGGCAAAACAAAACACGAUGUUGAACAAUUGAUGCGCAAAAUCCAGUAUAUCAAUAUUAAGCAUAACCCAACAGUAGGUCGUCGUAACAUUGAAGUGCGCACAACUCUGACGUGUAGUAAUGAAAGUUCCCUUCGUCUGCCGCCAAUUGAGACUUAUAUUAUGGUUAACGAACCGAUAGCUUCACUCGGCAUCGAUAUUGAUGUCGGUUCGGCGUCGGUAAAUGAAAAUAUAAAUGCAACUUUGAAAGUUAAUAUUAAAAAAUUCAAAUCAAUAUUACAGCUGGAGACCUCUGAUCAAGAUCCCCAAUCCGAUUCCACCAAAGUAUCAAUAUCAGGAACUUCAAAUAAAUUGGUAUCGUAUCAAGAAAUUAAAUUGGGCGUGCACAUAUUGGACAAAAUCAGCAUUGACUCGCUUUCCAAGAACACCGGCAAAAUAGAACAGAAAAAUUAUCUGGACUCCUGCAGCGUUGUUGUAUUUCCCUCUUUAAAUCCGGAUCAUGAAGACAUUCAAAUUGAUGGGGACGAGUCAUUGUCAUCUACCAUGGAUAUUAAGACAAAUAUAAAUAAAGAUGGAGUCGAAAUGAUAGGAAAGGACACCAUUCACAACUAUUUGAACGUGUUACGGUCCCUUGUAUACAGUAAUAAGAAACCAGCAUACUAUUUGAAUCGAGUGUUUAAGCUUUCUUGUGCUCAGCUUAGCUCUCAGUACAAAAGUGCGGAAUAUACACUCACUCUCACUGUAUUGCAUCCUAAACAGACAUUGUUUAAGUCUACAAAUUUGCCAAUUUCGUCGGCUUUAUCUAACGUUGGCAAUACCAACACUGAAACAACUUAUCACCUAAAAAGUGGAUCGAUAAGUGACAUUGAAAAUCAGGCAACUGAUUCUAAGAUAUAUUCAUAUUCUUUGUUACACACAAAUGAUGUGCAAGAACCGAAAUCUCACAUUCAUUCCUUCGUACACAAAGCUGAAGGAUCACACCUUACAAUGCUUAUAAUUCUUGUAAGUGUUUUUUUGGCCGUUUUGCUCUGCGGCGUUUCGAUUGCACGUUUGAAAAACAACCAGAAAUAUGCUGAUCGGCACCAACCAUGUCCAAAAAUCGUUGAUGAUGGCUUAGUUUGGGAUGAUUCAGCUUUGACUAUAACUAUAAAUCCAAUGCAAACAGAUGCUGCAUCAGAAGAAAGUUCAGAAUCGGAAAAUUCGGACUCAGAAGAUGAAGAAGCUUUAAAGGACGGGUUCGCUCACAUCAAUCAACUUGAAUGGGAUAACACCAAUAUUUUUCAACAGUGAAUUACGUAAUAUAUUUUUUCUUAAAACUGGAACUAAAAUAUGUAAAUGUGCUUUUAAAAUAUAAACUACUAAAUCAACAAUUAUCCAAAAGUUAAAUCAGUUCAAAUGAGAGUCCGCAUAUAUGCAUGCACACAUAAUUGUAAAGACGCGCAUUUAUAUAUGAUUUUGCAAAAAAUGUUUAUUUUGCAAUUGUACGAUUGUAAAAACUAAGUCAGUGGACGUGCGCAAUACACCACAUUGCAUGUACAUGUAAUAUUAGCACGAACACAAAUUAUAGUUAAGGUAUAGUACAAUUAUUGUAUAACCAACGUCGCUAGAUCCAUAAUAAAAGCAUAUAGACACAUAUAUAUAUAUAUAUAUAUAUAUAUAUAUAAGACCUAUUUAAUUUAUUGUUUGUCAACCCUCACUUAAGAAUGUAAACUGCACAUGUCUAACAAUCUUCAACUGCAUUCUUUCGCUAAUGCAUAGAAGGAGGUUUCUCCGUCCCCAUAUUUUAAGCUUAAUAUUUAAUUACUAAAUAUUCCAAAAGGAAUCGAAAUAGCCAAAUCAAUUGAGUUAUUUAAUAAAGCAAUGUUGUUAUGGACUUAUUAUUUUACAAAUUAAAAACUUAGGUUAAGAAACAUAUCGAAAAGUGUAAGCAUUUUAUUUUUAAACCGACCAUGAAAGCUCUACGUUUUUGAAAAGAUGUACUAUUAAAAACAUAUUUUUUAUUUAUUCAUUCAAAAUUCAUUUCUUUCAAAAAAAAAAAACAAAAAGUAUUAGAUAGUUUAUUUUUUGGUGAAGAAGGUUACGGACAAUCCAAAUCCAAAAACAGGAAAAGGUGAUUUUUUGGCCCAACCAAAACUAUAUACCAAUACGGUAUGUUUAUAAAAAAAAAGGUUGUUUUAGGCACGGAUGUUUUAAUGAAAUUAAACAUAGCAGAUAAAAUUAUUUAAAAGGAUCGGUAUAAAACACGAAAAGAUAAAAGAGAGUUACUUUAAAGGUAACCAAAUUCGUUUCUGUUAAACUUUUAGGUGAAAUAAUAUUUAUAAUUUUAAAAGCUAUUUUAAACCUAUUUAGCAAGUGCGUUUGUGUUCCCUGCCUGAAACUAGAUUUAGAUCCGUAACCCAACUCUCCGAAAGAAAUCCUACGCUAUAUUUUGUACAUUUUCAUUGGUUAAAUGAAAAAUUAACUUAGAAAAUCACGAACUGUGGUUUACUUAAAAAAGCAAGCGCUGUCAAAUUAUUUUAAAGGUUCAAAAAAAUCCCGAUUUUCCUAAAAAGUUUUUUUUUUUAUUUACUGCCAUUGAUCAGUACAUUUUGCGUAUACUGUAACAGUCACUUUCAUAGCUAGAGCAUCAACCUGUCAAAACAAACUUAAGUUUUUGACUUCGCAAAAUAUUAAUUAUUUUGUUUUCCUUUGCAGGGUAUUCUAAUUUUAGUCUUAAGUUUGUAACGCGGUGAAGGAGACAUUUCUGACACAUAUAUGUAUACAGGGGUGGUCAAAAGUAUUUGCAUAUUUCUUAUGAGUAAGUACGUGUAAUUUGUGCAAAUAUUUUUGACCACCCCUGUAUAUAUGUAUAUUUGAUCAGCAUCUCAUCAGUUUAGGUGAUGUAGCCAUGUCCGAUUGUCCGGCUAUUUCUAUGUAUACCGCUUGCGAGCUUAGUUUAAGAGCUAGAGAUUUGAAACUUUCACAAUCGUCUUUUUAUAUGUGUACGCAUAUCAAGUUUGUAAAGCCUGAUCGGACGUCUAUAUGCUAUAGCUGUUAUAGGAACGAUCGGGUCAAAUAAAAAAAAAAAAUGUUUUAUUAACAAAACUUUC